AUGGCAGCAGGAAGCCUGUGCCCGGGCACCGGGGACACCGCAGCAGCAGGACAGCUGGACGACGAGGAGGAGAUAGACAUACUGGGGGAUGAGGAGGAAGAGGAGGACGGCUGUGACUUCCAGCCGGGCUCCUCAGGCACGGAGAUGGGAGAGAUGUCCCCCACUGCCCCCGGCUGCCCAGAGAGCGGGGUGGGCGACCCGGAGUCCGGGGGGAAGGGCAGGAGGGCCCCGGUGAAGCCCCCGUACUCGUACAUCGCGCUGAUCACCAUGGCCAUCCUGCAGAGCCCGCACAGGAAGCUCACCCUCAGCGGCAUCUGCCACUUCAUCAGCAACAGGUUUCCCUACUACCGGGACAAGUUCCCGGCCUGGCAGAACUCCAUCCGCCACAACCUCUCCCUCAAUGACUGCUUCAUCAAGGUGCCCCGGGAGCCCGGCAACCCCGGCAAGGGCAACUACUGGACCCUGGACCCGGCCUCGGAGGACAUGUUUGACAACGGCAGCUUCCUCCGGCGCAGGAAGAGGUUCAAGAGGCAUCACAGCCGCUACCUGAAGGACGGGCUCAUGCUCUACCCCCCCGCACACUGCUACCGGGCGUACCGAGGCCGCCAGCCGCCGCCCCUCCUGCAGCUACCAUGCGUGCCCCUGAUGCCCGGGCACCCGCGGCUGCCAUACCGGGACGGGACGGCGGAGAGGCUCUCCCAGGGACUGCACACUGAGCUCUCGGGCAAGGCUCAGCAGCUGGGCGGCAGUCCCCCAAGCCGGGUCUCUUUCAGCAUAGACAGCAUCAUUAGGCAGCCUGAGCCGGAGAUCCCCCUGCCAAACCUGCCCCAGACCUGGCCCUACAGCCCCCUCCUGCACCGGUCCCUGCUCCCCGCCGUGCUCACUGCCGGCCACCCCGUCCUGGCGUGCUAUGGGGGCAGCGGCCAGUACUGUCACCUCCGCUUCCCCGGCACCCUGUGA